AUGGGCUCGACCGGCAACUUCUUCCGCUGCCCGCAGCACUACUGCGGCACGUGCGGCAAGAGUGGCGACGGCGUGGACAUGGUGAAGUGCCUGCGCUGCCCUGUGGCCUUCCACACCCCCGCCUGCGUGCCCACAGCCGCGAAGCGCAUCCCCGCCUGCCCCAAGGGCAUCCUCGCCCGGCGGGCGGCGCGGGCGUGGCGACAUGACGAGUCGUCCCCGGGUGAAGAGGAGAGCGACGAACGCGCGGGGGGCGGCGGCGCCGCCGACGAGGACGCUGACGAGGACGGCGGCGGCGCCGACUCUGGCGCGCCCCCCGGCCGCAAGUUGAAGCGCGCCAAGAGCAACGCCGGCGCCACCAGCCAGCCGGAGGCGCCAGCGCCGGCGGGGCUGACGGCGGAGGAGGCGGCGGCGCUUGAGGAGCUGCUGAGGCAGCUGACUGUGCCGCACGCCGCGGCGGCGGCGGCGGCGGCGGCCGCUGCAGAAGUGGGGGAGGACCUGGUGAUGGGUGGGGGGACGGCAGUGGUGGCGGCGGCGGGAGCAAGCGGGGAGGCACAGGUCAGGAGCAUUGCAGCCGAAGCAGUCGCGGUGACAGGGGCCACCCAUCAGCAGCCGCCGCCGCCGCCGCAGCAGCAGCAGCAGCCCCAGCUGCAGCCCCAACAGGGAGAGCCGGAACCCUUUCUGCAGCAGCAGCAGCAGCAGCAGCAGCAGCAGCCUCAGCAGCAGCAGCAGCAAGCCCCGGGCGAGGCGGUGCGCGCACUCGAAGCCGUCGCCGUCCGCACGCUCGGUACCACCGCGCCCGCCGCCGCCGGCGCUGCCGCGCCCGCCGCGCCGGCGUCGCCGUCGGCGGGCGGGUUGGACGAGCACGCUGCCAGCAUCUGGGGCGGCCUGGGGCUGUCGCUCAACUCUGGGCAGCUGCAGCUGUCCGGCCUGCUGGACAGCCGCAACGAGGAGGACGGCCUCGGAGAAGAGGCGCCCUCCUUCUCGCCCGCGCCCACGCUCGCGCAGGCGCCGCCGGGCCUGCAUCCCCGGCCGCUGCGCCAGCAGAGCCGGCGGCGGGGGUCGCCGCCGCUGUCGCAGGCGCAGCCGAUGCCAUCGAUAGAGUUUCCCAGCCAGCUGGGACCCAUGCUGGGGUCGAGCCUGUUCGGCUCCGCCCAGCCGAUCUGCUGA